AUGAAAAAAUAUACUGACAAACACAGAGGAAAUCUCUCAGAAUUAAAGGAAGGGGAUUUUGUUUUACUAGAUAGUAAAAACUUAAAUCUAGCAGUACUAACUAGAAAGUUGGCAAACAGGUAUAUAGGACCAUUUGAAAUAGAAAAACAAAUGGGGGUAGUAAAUUACAAGUUAAAACUACCAGAAGGGAUAAAUAUUCAUCCAGUUUUCUACUCAGGAUUGUUAAUACCUUAUAAAGAAAAGGAAUAUCCAGGAAGACAAGUGCAUACUAAUCUAGACCCAGAGUUAAUCAAUAAGGAAUGGGAAUACACAGUAGAAAACAUUUUAGAUAGUAGGAAAAGGAGGAACAAAUAUCAAUAUUUGAUCAAAUGGUUAGGCUAUCUAGACAUAGAUAAUACUUGGGAACCAUUUGGAAAAGGAUUAACUAAUUCAGCAAAGUUAAUCAGGGAAUUUCACAUAAAUCAUCCAGUAGUAGUAAAGCCACCACACUUAGAAAACUGGUUAACAAAGAGACUAGGGCAUGGUUUACUAAUAAGUAAAAGAAUACUAGUUAAAGAACAGGACACAGGAGACAUAGUCCUACAAGAAGAACAAAUGUGGAAAGACUGGAUGAAAAGGAAAUCAGAGUCUUCAGAGUACUUUAGUAUUCUAGCUUCAGAUUCAAGUACAAAAGAAAUUAGAGAAGGGUUGGAAAAACUUUAG